AUGGUUGAUGGAUCAAUAGUAUCAAAGGACAAUUACUUCCGUGGUCGGAUGGGCGGUUUAGGUAAAACAACUCUGAUCGCCAACAAUUUCAACAAGCAAGUUGUCAAGCAACAUUUCGAUUGUUGUGCCUGGAUAACUGUCUCACAACAAUAUGUUGUUACGGGUCUAUUAAAGUCCAUGAUCGAAGAGCUCUACGGCAAGAACGCUUUUGUUGGCAAGGAUGGACAAUGCCCUCCAUAUCUUGUACCUUCAGCAAGAAGGCUGAUUGCAAAAUGUGAAGGCUUGCCAUUAGCUAUUGUGGCUUUAGGAGGUUUAAUGGCUUCUAAGAACUCGAUUCCUGAAUGGAAUGAAGUUUAUAACAACUUAAAUUGGGAGCUAAGCGAAAACGAUACAUAUUUUGAGAGGCUCAAGAUUUGGUUGACUGAAGGCUUUGUUGAACCACGAAAAGGGACAAUUCCAGAAGUUGUUGCAGAGCGAUACCUAACCGAGUUGAUUGGCGGAGGCCUGAUUCAAGUCGUGAGGAGUGGAUCAGGGAGGCUUAAAAAAUUUAAGAUGCACGACAUUUUGCGAGAGUUAGCAGUUUCCAUAUCGAAAUCCAUAAAGUUUGUUAUCAAAUCUGAUGGGAUAGAAGUAGUAGAAGAUAAAGGAAUCCGUCGUUGGUCAAUUAAAGCAAAGGAGAAAGAGAUGAAGGCUGCAAGCAUGGCUACACUAUCUCGGGUUCGUUCAUUGCUUGUUUUUGCUGGUAUUGAAACCUCUAAAUCAUCAUUUAAUAAGCUGACUUCUGGUUUUAAAUUGAUGAGAGUGUUGUACUUGGAAGACACUCCAAUCAAUGAACUCCCAGAUGAAUUGGUUAAUUUAUUCAAUUUGAGAUAUCUUAACAAGAACUCAAGUGAAAGAGCUUCCGAAAUAUAUGGGCAAGCUUUACAACUUAGAGUUUUUAUUUCUGAAGGAGACUCGAAUCGAAGUGCUUCCUGCAGGAAUCGUCAAGCUGAGAAAUCUUCGAAGGCUGAGUGGAUGUCGUUUUAUGGGAUGUGCUCAGUUGCUUACCAUAUGGAUCAGAAGUCGUUUUUGGAAAAAGAAAAGGUCAACUACAAUCACUUUUUGAAAGAUUUUUCUCCCAUUGCUGAGUACCUUACAAAGGAAUGGCUUGAAGCAUCACAAAAGGAUCAAUGGAUUGAAUUCUUCAGGAAUUACAGGGUCAUAAUAUAA